AUGGCAACUAAUUAUAAUGCUGUAGAUGAACAACGUAUUUUGCAAGAAGCUAAUAUACGUCGAUUGCGUGAACUUGAGUUAAGUCGAUUGAGUGAAGCUGAUGAACAAAUUGCUCGACAAGAAUUAGCUAAGUUCGACGAGAUGCAACGCGAACUUGAAAUAUUCAAUGAAGUUGAUCAACAACGUAUAAUGGAACUUGAAACAGAAAUACGUGAUAUAAAUCAAGAAAUAUAUAAUGCUGAAAAAGAACUUGAACAACUUAAUACACAACUUGAAGAACUUCGAAUCGAACAAGAAACACAAGAAAAAAAUCUUGAACAAGUUAAUAAUGAAGUUGCUAAACUAAUACAAGAAAUAAAACAUGUUCAAAAAGAACUACAAAAACUUCGUGAACAAGAACAUCAACUUAUUGUUGAACGUGACAAAUGGCAAGCAACACUUAUGGAACAAGAACAAAUUCUUAAAGAAGAACAAGCAAAAGUAAAUGAUCUUCGACAACAAAUUAUUGUAUUAGAAAAUGAUAAACGUGUAUUAGAACAACGACGUGAUGAAUUAAAUAUACAAUUACAACAAGCUGAAACUGAACGAGUCACUUUAGAACAAGAAAUUGUAAAACUUGAUAAUGAAUGUGCACAAUUAGAACAACAACUCAAUACUUUACAGCAGGAAUUAACACAACUUGAACAAAUAGUAGAACAACUUGUCCAACAAAUAAAACAAACUCAAGAACAGAUAGCUAAUUGUGAAAAAGAAAUAAAUGAACACAAUGCUCGAAUUCAAGAAUUAGAAAAUGAAAAACAAAAAGUCGAAGUUGAAAUACAGCGAUUACAAGAAUCAAUUCAACGUAUUGAAACUAUGAUUCAAGAUGUAACAAAUAAAGAGCGCGAAGUGACGGAACAAAUCAAUCAAAAAACUCAAGAAAAACAAAUGAUUGAAAAUGAACAGAGAGCUACCGAAGCGGAAGUUCAACAGUUGAAAGCAGUUCUCGAAUCACUUAAUGAAGAAUUGAAAAUGUUACAAGAGAGAUUGGCUCAAUUGACAAAUGAAGCCAAUCAAUUAGAAGAACAAGUUCGUCAAGCACAAAAUGAACUUCAACAAGCAACGAAAGAAAGCGAGAAAAAACGAGAAUUAGACGAAGCGACGCGCGAAGAAAGAAAAGCACAAGCAGAUUUAAAUGCAGCUAAAAAUCAAUUGCAAGCUGCUGAAACAGCACUACAUAUUGCUGAAAUGGCGCUGGCAACAGCAUUGGCCUUUCCAAUUAUUGGUGAAAUUGCAGCCAUUGGAGCGACGGCUGCUGUUGCAGCAGCUACAGCUGCUACCAUUGCUCUACAUGUCAAAGUGAAUAAUGCAGAAACUAAAUUGUCUCAAUUGUCUAUUAAGCGUGAACAAGCCUUUCAAUUGCAUCAGACAGCACUAGAACAAAAGCGAACAGCACAUACGAAAGUUGCCGAAGAGAAGAGAGCUCUUCAGACGAAACAAAAUGAAUUGAAACGGCAAACUGAAACUAAAAAUGCUGCUCAACAACAAGUCGAACGUCAGAAACAAGUUGUGAAGAAAGCGACUACUGAUCAUGCCGAAGUCGAACGUCAAUUAGCUGAAGCUAAAGAACAACAAACAAUGAAAAUGAAUGAAGUUCAUGAAGCUGAAGCACAAGUUAAAAAUCAGACAGAACAUGUCGAACAGUUAAAACGAGAAGCAGCUGACUUAGAACGACGUCAAACACAAACACAACAAGCACUCGUCGCUGCAGAAAAUGAAUUGAGAAAUGCUCAAAUGAAGGAACAAACAGCCGAUGCUAAUCUGAAAAUGAUGAACGGACAGCUUACAGCUAAACAACAAGGUGUUCAAGAGCUACAAUCCUCAGUUGCUCAAAAGCAACAACAGACUGAAGCAAAACAGGCUGAAUAUGCUGCUAAAGAAGGCGAAGCACAACAAGCUAAAAAUAAAGUAACAAUCAUUGACCAAGAUCUUAGAUUAGCUAAUCAGACGAAAGCAGAAUUGGAAGUAGAAAAGAGAGGACAAGAAAAUAUACUUCGAACUGAACAAAGCAAAAGCCAACAACUCAAUGUAGAGCAUCAACAACUCAAAGCAAAAGUCGAAACAGUUCAACAACAAAAACAACAGUUCAGUCAACAGCUACAAGAGUUUAAAAGUCAAUUGGAUCGACAAAAUGGAGAUAUGACUCAAAAGAGUAAUGAAGUAGAGAAAGUCAAAGCUAAUUUACACGCAAAGGAGCAGCAGAGGGAUGAACUCAAGUCACAACGAGAUGAGCAUAUUGCACAUGUUGAACGAGUCAAAAGACAAAUUCGAGAAAACGAACAAAAUUUAAAAGAAAAUGAUAUAAAUUUGUCACAGACAUUAGCAGAACGUCAAGUAGCUGAUAGUGAACAACGUCUUCACCAAACAGCUGAACGACUCGAACUAUUAUCCAAUCAAGUUCAAGAGAAACAGCAAAUUUAUGAUGAAAAAAAUUGUCGCCACACAGACCUCGUCGCCAAUGUAGAGCAAUAUAAAGCGGCUAAAGAACGUUUGGAAGAUAAUAUUCAAGAUACAUAUAAUCGAUGGACAUCAAAACGAAUCUGGGCAACAAGUGCAGCAACACAUGUUGCUCAACUCGAUCAAGAAAGAAACAACAUUAAACUAGCCAGUCGACAAGCAGCUGAAACUAAUAGAAAGCAUCGAAAUGAAGCAAACGAAAAUAAUCGAAAUAGAAAAAUUCAGCAACAAUUUUAUCGCCAUUGA